CAAAGAUCUCCGUCAGUCCAACUUGUUGGGGUCAAUGGUCGCAGACAUCAAUGUGGUUGUAUAGCCUCACCGGUCGGAUAGAUCAAUGACACGCCACCUUGGAAGCAACACUUUACGUGCCCCUCCGUCCGUGCGAGAUUUCUCGCGAGCCACGGGAAAGCGAAUAGGCCGACCCAAGAUCUGCUGCUCCAGACACUUGUCACUAUAGGUCACGCAAAAAUCAGUGAACAGCUCGUACAAACCAGCAUCUGAGCGACAGUGUUCAAGGAAUUGGAAAAAGAUCCAGCUACUACACUCUUGUCAAACUCGCCUUCACUUGGAGAACAUGACCCUGAUAUGGAAGUUGUUGAUCACAGUCUCAGUGCUGCGCAUCACUCGUUUCGCAAUCACCUUCUGCCGAAACAUCAAGAAUGCACGCAGGGUUGGGGUGACAGUGAAAGUCCUGCCCGUCGAGCAAGAGAACGUCAUCUGGCUGGUACUAUCGCCUUGGAUUCGGCAAAUCACUUCCCUUCUCUUGCCAAACCGUAUCUUCAAAAAACUGAAUCUCGCAAUCUUUGGCUGGGAAUUCGGGGAGAAACGUCGACCUUUCGAUCAGCUCGGCAGCAAUGUUGGCUCCAUCAACGACAACUCCUAUAUCCUUGCGGGGCUAAGCACUUUUGAGUUCUGGACGAUCGAUCCGGAAGCUAUCCAAGAUAUCCUUCAUCGUACGCAUGCUUUCGAAGUGCCUCGAGCGCUCGAAUUUGCUCUCGGCCAGUUCGGGCCAAACGUCAUGACGACCAAUGGAGGAGUCUGGGCAAGACACCGCAGAAUUAUCUCCAGUGUCAUUGACGAACGUAUCUUCAAAGUAGUGUUCGGAGAAUCUGUCCGUCAAAGUCUAGAGCUAUUGAGCACGCUUUCCGAUGGGAGUUCCCCAUCAGGAGACCCAAAGUUAUUCGACAUGCUCAAGAAGAUAACAAUUCACGUUCUGAUGGCAGCUGGAAUGGGUCAAGAACUUCCCCAGCAGGACGAUAAACAUAUCGUAUCAGAGUUAGGCUAUACCAUGAGCUCUAUCGACGCUUUGACGACUGUAGUGACCAACCUUAUCGGUCUUGUGAUGCUUCCAAGCACUCUUCUUGUCAAUUGGCCGCGAUGGUUGCCCUGGCACGAGAAGAUCACCAAGGUUGGACAUGCAAAGUUGGAAGUGCGGAAGCGAAACAGACUCAUGCUCGAAGAACAACGUGAACGUCAGAGUAAGCUGGACAAGAGUGAUGCAAACAUCAUCAGUAAACUUGUCCAUGCGUCCACCAACACCACUUCUGGUCAGUCACUUUCCGAGGAUGAGAUGGUGAGCAACCUGUUCAUCUUCACCGCUGCCGGUUACGAGACGACUGCAACUACCCUGGCUUAUGCAAUGGUUCUGCUUGCAAGACAUUCUUGCUGGCAAGACUGGAUCUUCGAGGAAAUCCAAGCAUCAUUGUCGAAAACGUCGGCUGUGGCAUGGGAUUACGCAGACAUAUUCCCCCGCGCGAAUCGCAUCAUGGCAUUCAUGCUGGAGAUUGUGAGACUGUACCCUCCAGCUCCCAAUAUCCACCGUGAGAUUUCAUCUCCACUGACCCUUCAGACGAGCUCAGGUGUCCUUCAUCUCCCAGCACACACCCGCGUCUACAUCGACUCUGUCGCAGUACAUCUACUUCCAUCAUGGCGGAAUGUGAACCGGUGUUCAGAUCCUCCCACAUACGACUCAGACCCUGAGAUCCCAGAUGAGCUGACCUUCCGACCAAGUCGAUGGAUCAACCCACCAGGCUCUGGUUCCGCCAUCUUGCGACCUCAGAAAGGCACAUUCGUACCUUGGGCAGCCGGUCCGAGAGUGUGUCCCGGACAGAAAAUGGCUCAGGUCGAAUUUGCAGCAGUGCUGAUGACGAUACUAAGAGAGCGCAGAGUUGAAGCAACUCCUUUGGAAGGUGAAAGACAAUCAGACGUCAUGGCUCGAUUGGACAAGAGACUGGACAACAGUGUUUGGCGGACCGUCUUGGAGAUGGAAGAUAUCUUCGAUCCUCGCCCAGGACGAGGACUUGACAUGAGAUUGGUACAACGGGAGUGAUCUAAAUCCCUGAAGGUAGAUUUUCGACAUCGGAUAAGAGCUUCCAAUGUUGAGCCGGGAUUUGUCAGUGGGGUGUCUUUUCAUCAUUACUAUCAUUCUAGUUCUAAUACAACUCUAGUAUUCAAGGUCUCCUUGUUCCCUGACGCAG